UGACUGUAAAUGCUUCUGAUGGAAUAAAGUUUUGUUGACGAAGCGUAAACAAUAUGGCGGCGUCCAUGUUCAGGGUGACAGCAGGUAACGGAGGUCUGAUCUGUAGAGUCCAUGGCAUCAUCCAAGCAACACGAAACAUGUCCUUUUCACAAAAGCUAAAUCAGAAGAUGCCAAACGCUUUAUGGAAAUUGGGACGCCUCAAUCAUGUAGCUAUUGCUGUACCUGACUUAGAAAAAUCCAAAUCCAUGUAUCAGAAUGUUUUGGGGGCACAAGUGAGUGAGACUGUUCCCCUUCCUGAACAUGGCGUGUAUACCAUUUUUGUAGAACUUGGAAACACAAAACUGGAACUCUUACAUCCUCUGGGAGAGAAUAGUCCAAUCUCUGGCUUUCUACAGAAAAACAAGGCUGGUGGAAUGCAUCACAUUUGCAUUGAGGUUGAUGACAUCAAAGGAGCAAUGUCUGAUCUGAAGAAGAAAAACAUUAGGGUUCUGAGUGAAGAACCUAAAAUAGGUGCACAUGGAAAGCCAGUAGUCUUCUUGCACCCAAAAGACUGUGACGGGGUCCUUGUGGAGCUGGAGGAAGCCUAGUGCAAAUAUUCAUAAUAGUCCUCUCUAACUGAAACUGAAUUGGGCAUUUUGGGGAACUCUGGUACAGUUACCUGAAGCCCAAGAGAUCAAAACAAUUUCUCAUUCCCACUGAUUUUUAUAUAUCACGUUUAAAUUAUUGUGUCUUAGAACAAGUGAAAUAAAAGACAGGGUCUGUAAUUCUUUACCCACCUGCCCUUGUUACAACUUGUUCAACAUUGUAAUUAACAGAAAUUUUAUGCUGUAAUCUUCAUGAACAAAGAUCCAAAUAGCUUCUUACUAAGUGUGUACAAUAGUAAAAAUGAUGGAUUUAGAAACACGUAGAUACUUUUAAAAGAAACCUUGUAGUGCCAGACGUCAGGCUUCCUCUUUAUGCACUAACGUAACAGGCCUUUUUGGCUGCUUAAAUCGGGUAAGUACAUCUUAUGCUGGGUACACAAUGGCUGAUAUAUCGGCCGUUUUUUUAAACGACCAAUAUAUCGCUGGCCCGUCAGCCAGUAUGUACCAACGAUAUGUUGGUGAACACAGUCGUUCACAGACAUAUCGUGUCGGCCCUGCAGCACACACCAUGACCAAUAUAUCUACAGAUAUAUUGGUGCAUCGUUGUGUGGGUACAGGCAGUCAGCCGACCACCCGUACACAUGCUGCAGCAGCCGGCGGUCACAACGGAUCGGGCAGUCUGUAUGCACAACACACUGCCCCUUCCAGCUUUGGAUAUAUCUGCAGAGGAGACGGGGCAUUGCGGGGGCGGGGCGACCCAAACGGUGGACGAACUGAGGCGUGUCGGGGGCAUGGUCACGGCGGCUGCGUGACGUCUCAUGCAGCCGCCGCGACAGGUAAAAUGGCACCAGGACUCCUGUGGCCGCAGCUAAGCUGCGCCGGCAGGAGUAAUCUUUAGUUUCUGUUGACAAGCCGAAAUUGCGAAGCGAUCACAAUUGCUGCUUGUUGAAGGGGGAAAGCACCGGUCAGCAACCAAAAGCAGAAUUUGCUAUCCUCACUGAAUUAGCCCAUGUAUGUAUGAAAAUAACAACAUAUACAAGCUGAGUUGCCCAUAUCCAAAACUCUGGAUUAUGGAGCAUUACAAAAUAGACAUUUUUGAGGGCGACUGAGAUAGUGACCUUUUCUUUCUGAUGGUUCAGUGUAGACAAACUUUAUUUAAUGCACAAAAUUAUUAAAAACAUUGUGUAAAAUGACCUUCAGGUUCUAUGUAUAAAUUGUAUAUGGAACACUAAUGCAUUUUGUAUUUAGAUUUGGGCCCAAUCACCAAGAUAUCUCAUUAUGGUAUGCAAAACCUUCAGAAUCCAAAAUUUGUCUGUUCCAAGCAUUUUGGAUAUGGAGACUCCACCUGUAUUCACCUAUUCAUUAGGAUCAUUACCCACUAGCGCCAGUCCUAUUCUACAUGCUAAAGAUCCAUGUGAUCAGCAUAUUCACACAUAUACACAACUGCGUUGGCACAUCUUCCCACAACCUAGCCUAUGUGAAAAUGCCCAGUUCCAACCCAGUUAUGCCCCUUCAGUUGCAAGAGGAGACUCAUCCGGUUGCGUACAACUCUCUAUCGCCUGUAGAUGUGUACACUUGGUUCCAGAGCAUGUACAGAGCAAUAACACAAGAUCUGCUCCUCAAACUUACUUGAGUUCAACUCUGCAUAAACCCCUUUGCGUUUAGCAGUUGUCAUGAUCCUGACUGUAUUUCUCAUAUUCUGGGGCUUACCUCAGCAUGUCCUGUAACUUGGCAUCUGUUCAGCUCAGCAGGAAUACUGCAAAUCUGUGUUUGCUUACUUUGAUUAGCCACCUGAGUAGGAAUUCCUCUAAGUAAUCAGCUGUGUGCAGCAUUUUGAUUUUUCACUGUGUUCAGCAAUCUGGAGUUUAGGCCUAAAAGUCAGCAUCCUCUGUUCAUUUGUAGAAGUUCAGGCUUCAGUGUUUUUUUCAGCCUGCUAGGCCUCACUCCACAUCAGAGCCUGACCUGGAGUACUGAUGUGACUGGGGGUCUGAUCACCUGACCAUGAGCUAACCAAUCCUGUGCCAGCCUGAAUCACCUGACUCUGUUCACCAAUCACCAGGAAGUAUAAGUAAAGAGACUUGUGUUACAGAAAAUACCAGUUCCUUGUGUCACACAGCUAAGUGUGAGCUUGGUAGCUGAGCUGCCUAAGAGGUAACACUAUUACCUUAGUUCGGGCAUGUCCAAACUGCGGCCCUCCAGCUGAUGUGAAACUACACAUCCCAGCAUGCCAUGACACAGCUUUAGCAUUCUCUGACAGCAAAACUGUGUCAGGGCAUGCUGGGAUGUGUAGUUUCACAACAGCUGGAGGACCGCAGUUUGCUUUAGUUCCUGUAAAACUCUGCUCUUUUGCUACCCAGUCUGGAUUACAGUUGUGUUACCAGUUAUAUCCAGUAUUCUUCAGUCUCGUAUUAAAGACACAGCCACAGUAUUCUUCAGUCUCGUCUUAAAGUCACAGCUACAGUCAUUGUUCUACAUACAAUUGCGUUUCCAGUUAUAUCUGGUACCAGCCCGGAUUACAGUUGCGUUCCAGUUAUACUGGUACCUAGCCCGGUUCACAGUGCGGUUCUCAGUCUCCCCCGGUAACCAGCACAGUUCUCAGUCUCACCAGUAACCAGUCCAGUUCAACGUCUUCAGCUCUCCUCCCGGUUCUGCGCAACGCCAGAAAAUCUAUUUCAUAGUAACCUUGAGUACACAAAUACCUACUCCUGUGACAGUAUAUCCAGUUCGUUCUCACCAAUACAUUCACCAUCCUGAUAUCAAAGGUCCCUGGUGAUCCAGUGGUCAGGAUACGGCUCCCUCUGCCGAGGCUCGGAUUCGACCCCCGGUAAGAUAUUACUCCUUAAUACUUCAUCACACUGAUUCACACAGACCAGCCAAACAUAUACAUAGUCCUCUAGUUACCCGCACGGACUUCACAUACAUGUCGGGUUCAAAAAAACCACAGUCAUGACAGCAGUUGUUUUCAAAUAUCUGCAGCCAUAUUUGAAUAAAAAUGAGUAUACAGUAUAGUGUAUUCAUUCUAUAAAUCUGGCUAUGGCUGCCUGUCUUCCUGCCCACACUGUCACAAUCUAGUUCCCUGGAGCUAGCUCUAGCGUCAGGGUUUCUGUUAAACUGUUAGAAAAGGACCACUUUUUUUUUUUUUCUUCUAAUUAUAUCUCUGCUGGAGCUGACAAUUGGCAUAAUAGCCAGCCAACAUGAUUGUUGUAAAAUGUGUACAGAAGAGAGAUCAUUGCCUGACAGUAAAGGCUCUUUUAUUUUCUCUAAAAAUUAAUGAAUCAACUGUUAUGUCAAGUGCAUAUGAACAACCUUACACAAUUGGUGACAAAAUAUUUGUCACAAAAGUAUGCACAAAUCUGUCCGUAAUUCCUACACAGACAUACCACCAGCCAUACCACACAGCACAUUGAUUGCCUGAUGUGGAUAUGCUAUAACUUUAUUGAAAAUACAAUUGUGCAAAUACAGUGUGGGACAACAGGCAUCCGGUUGAUAGGUCGACAGUCAAAAGGUAGACAGUUGGUCAAAGGGUCAACGGGUUCAAAUGGUCGACACAUGAAAAUUUUGACAUGCCUUUUUUUUGGUGGGGGGGUGGACCGUUUCCCCCCCAAAAAAAACGUUUUCAUACUUUGCCAUCCCCGUCGACUGCGAUUGGGAAUAAUAACCUAAAGCAUGGCUAGCAAAGCAGUACAUUAAUUGGAGUCGACUUUCUGACUGUCGUUCAUUUACCCAUAACCAGGGUGUUAUUCUAUGGAUCGGUGAAGCAACGUAGAAAUUAAAAGACUUGAAUCCUGAAA